AUGUCGGACGGAGUCAAUGGGGCGGCGCCCGUCAAUGGGUCCCAAGAGGCUCGCAAUGCCUCCCAGCGCUAUCUGAGCACCCGGGGAGACGACUAUGAUUUCUCCUUCGAGCAAGUCGUAUUGAAGGGACUGGCAACGGACGGUGGCCUCUACAUUCCCGAGCAGAUCCCUGAAGUUACCAAUUGGCAAAGCUGGAAGGACCUCUCGUUCCCUGAUCUCGCCCUCGAACUCCUCUCGCUGUACAUAUCGACUUCGGAGAUCCCCCGCGACGACCUGAAAGGGAUCAUCGACCGAAGCUUCUCGACCUUCCGAGCCCCUGAAACGACGCCCCUGAGACAUCUUCACGAUAACCUAUACCUGCUCGAACUUUUCCACGGCCCGACUUUCGCUUUCAAGGAUGUCGCGUUACAAUUCCUAGGGAACAUGUUCGAAUACUUCCUGGUACGGAAAAACACAGGCAAACUGGGUACAGACCGACAUCACCUUACCGUUGUGGGUGCCACAAGUGGCGACACUGGGUCUGCGGCUAUCUACGGUUUACGAGGGAAGAAGGACGUGUCCGUCUUCAUACUGCACCCCAAGGGCAGAGUGUCUCCGAUCCAAGAAGCACAGAUGACGACAGUCUUGGAUCCUAAUGUUCACAAUCUGUCGGUGACGGGCAGCUUCGAUGACUGCCAGGAUAUCGUGAAGGCCCUGUUCGCCGAUGCUGACAUCAACUCUACUCUGAACCUCGGCGCCGUCAACAGCAUCAACUGGUGCCGGAUUCUAGCCCAGAUCGUCUACUACUUCCACUCAUAUUUCAGCUUCGUGAAGCAGUCGUCGGACUUCACUAUAGGCGAUAAAGUUCGUUUCGUGGUACCCACCGGCAACUUCGGUGACAUAUUAGCUGGAUACUUCGCACUGCGGAUGGGACUUCCAAUCGAGAAGCUGGUAGUAGCCACCAACGAAAACGAUAUCCUGGACAGAUUCUGGAAGACCGGAAAGUACGAGAAGAAGCCUGCGCGGGGUCCCGAGGCGGAAGGCGGCUUGGAAAGCGAUGGUGUCAAGGCGCAUGAAGAUGGUGUCAAAGAGACCCUCAGCCCGGCGAUGGACAUCUUGGUGUCCAGCAAUUUUGAGAGGCUGCUUUGGUUCCUCGCCUACGAGUUUGCUGCUCCCGCGGGGAUGGACGACGAGUGGAACAAGAAGCAGGCAGGUCAAGAGGUCGCCUCCUGGCUGAAGCAGCUGAAAUCGAGCGGGGGCUUCGGGCCUGUGUAUCAGGAUGUGCACGCAAGCGCCAAGCGCGACUUCGAGAGCGAGCGGGUGAGCGAUAAGCAGACGGUCGAUACCAUCAAGAGCUACUUCAGCAAGAUCGACUACGUCCUUGACCCGCACUCGGCCAUAGGCGUGGCCGCAUCGGUACGGUCCAUGACACGGUCCAAUAUACCGCAUAUAUCACUCUCCACCGCUCACCCAGCCAAGUUUGCCGGAGCCGUCGAGCUCGCGUUGAAGGGGGAGGCAGGUUUCAACUUCGAGGAGAAGGUCCUCCCGCAAGAGUUCGUGGGCUUGGAGAGCAAGGAGAAGAGACUGACGGAUGUUGACAACGACUGGAAGAAAGUCAGAGAGCUGGUCAAAAAGCAAGUAGAGGAGGAGCUGAAGUCGCAAAAGUAA